GGCAGAUUUAAUGAGAACUGUGUGUGGUUUUGAGGUGAAAUUGCGUGAACGAGCAGCAAGACGCGUUCAUUCCUGAGGAGAGAACAAUAGUAAACUCGGCGUUCAGUACCGUUUGGACUUGAACGAUGAAUUUUUUUCAACAUUUCAACGCUUUAUUACUAUCUAUAGCGAAGGACCUUGGUUUAUCUGAAGUGACUAUGAUAAAUGUGGUUCUUUUUGUGGAAAAAGUUCAGUGUUAAAUGUUGAGUAUUGAGUCAGAAGGAUGAGUGUGAAGUGUGGAAGCGGCGCGAGACACACAGAGGAGGCGACACGUUGCACGCCACAUUUUCCUCCUAAUGGAAGAAACAUCUCUGACAAGCCAGAGUUUUGAGGAUUUAACUUCAUUUCUAUGCUAUUUUUAGCUCUAACCUUUCAAAAUAUAUCAGUUGAAGCCUCGAAAUGAAGCUUUUUGUUUUAACAAGUUGGGCAAACGGCGUCCAUAUAAAGAUAUUUAUAGACCAACAUGAAUACUGACCAGCGAGCUGUAGCAGUGACAUCAUGAGUUGGAGUUUCCUGACACGUCUUCUGGAGGAGAUCUCCAACCACUCAACGUUUGUGGGCAAGCUCUGGCUUACACUACUCAUUGUGUUUCGGAUCGUACUUACUGUGGUGGGUGGUGAGUCAAUAUACUAUGAUGAACAGAGCAAGUUUGUAUGCAAUACGCAUCAACCUGGUUGCGAAAAUGUGUGCUACGAUGCGUUCGCACCACUCUCGCAUGUAAGGUUCUGGGUUUUCCAGAUCAUCAUGAUAACCACACCCACUAUCAUGUACCUUGGCUUUGCUAUGCACAAGAUCGCACGCAUGGAGGACAAUGAUUACACGUCACGUAGUGGGCGCAAACGCAUGCCUCUGGUAAACCGCAGCGCCAACCGUGACUACGAGGAAGCUGAGGACAAUGGCGAGGAGGACCCCAUGAUCUCUGAGGAGAUUGAGCCGGAAAAGGAAAAAGAAAAGGAGAAAGAAACGAGGAAGAAACACGAUGGACGGAGGCGCAUCAAGCGUGACGGCCUGAUGAAGGUGUAUGUGAUGCAGCUUCUCUCACGUGUGGCUUUCGAGGUGGCCUUCCUGUUCGGCCAGUAUGUGCUGUACGGGUUUGAGGUGGCACCAUCAUACGUGUGCACGCGUAGCCCAUGCCCACACACGGUGGAUUGCUUCGUGUCGCGUCCCACCGAGAAAACCAUCUUCCUGCUCAUCAUGUAUGCCGUGAGCGCCCUCUGCCUGCUGCUCACUGUGCUCGAGAUCUUGCACCUAGGCAUCAGUGGCAUCCGUGAUGCGUUCCAAAGCCGUACACGGCGCCAACAUCAUCAUCAACUAGGCGUGCCCAACCAGAGGACCUUGGUCUGCCCACGUCACAUGCCCUCAGCACCCCCUGGCUACCACACAGCCCUGAAGAAGGAUUCUGGCAAGGCAGGUGCAAGAGGUGAGUACAACCUAGGUGACUUGGGCCGCGAGUCUCUGGGCGAUGAGGCGUCCUCGCGGGAGCUGGACCGCCUGCGGCGGCACCUGAAGCUAGCGCAGCAGCACCUGGACCUGGCGUACCAGAGUGAAGAGGGCAGUCCAGUGAGAAGCAGCAGCCCUGAGUCCAACGGCACGGCCGCCGAGCAGAACCGCCUCAACUUUGAGAAACAGGAGAAGCAAGCCAGUUCCUGUGAGAAAGGGAUCAGAGCCUGAGUCCCGAGUCAACAAUUUGCAUCUGAUUUCUUUCCUACCGAAACAACUUGGAGGAAGGGCCACUAUGAAGAUGGACAUCUUGAGUGUGUGUGUAGGAUUUUUAGUAAGGCAACACAACACUGUGAGCACACUGGUGAACAGUAAGAACAGCCUGUGCAGUAUUAUGGCAGGACGGCGCAUCGGCCUCUGAGAAUAUCUCAGCAGCCAGUGAUACUUGAGGAGCUGUCUGCCUGACAUUCCAAAGUACCCAAGGGCAAAUAAAAACUUUUCUUUCUGUAGCUGACUGAGCAGUUUUUGUGUUUGUCUGUCCAUCCUAGAAAAAGAUCUGCCAUAUGUUUAACACGCUUCUUAAGAAGUGCCAAGGGUUGCAUCUCAAAAAUGCCUUAAACUUUUAAACUGGAGUUUACAUAUUUCGUUGUCAUUCCAAAAAGCAAUGGAUGAGCCAGUGUUAAAUCACGUUAUACUUUUUGGAUAGUUUAGGUACAUGUGUAGGACAAAAAUAGCUUUUGUGUUUAAGUAGUGAUCUGUAAUUAGUACUUGCAUGUAUAUGUGAACCAGUGUCAGCAAAGGGCUUGUUGUCAAAGGUAGAAUUUGUUACUCUGUUAUUUUUGAUUUGUAGAGUUAAGGUGGGGAAGGUUGAUUCUUCCUGUAGGACAUACAGUCGGGUAUGCCAAGGACCUAUGCGUAAAGUUCCCAAGAAGGUGUUCUGGUCUUGGAUCAGGUUUAUAGACUCAACGUGAUUUGUUAUCAAAGCCUAUCUAAUUAGGUUUAUAUAGUACCUGUCAAAAGUUUUAACCCACCCAGUCCCAGAAGCAUUCUUUGUACGUUUUUAAAAAUAAUAGUGAAUACACCAAAACUGCUGGCUACCUCAUGGGGAAAAAAAGCAACAAAAAAGCAAUGAACAAACUUUGUAUAAAACUUUUAUAUUUAUUCAAAGUAGCCUUGAUAACAGCUCUACUUAGCAGCUUCAUUAGAUAGCCGCCUGUGCUGAGGCCUCACUUUCUGCCUUUCCUAAGCGUUAAAUAAUAAUAAUAAUAAAAAAAAAAAAACUUGCUGGAGGCAUUUCAAAUUCUUUUUCACAUUUAAAAUUCAUUUAAA